UGUUGUAAGCAGUAAAACACCAGCCCUUGCUUGUAGAAAACAAACGACAAAUGUGUACACAGUGACUUUUUGUAUAUUUAUUAAAUUGUGAACUGAUUGGAUGAGUUGGUAGAAAACAUGAUUUAAUAAUAUUGUACAGUGGACUACUACAAGAUAAAACAAGAAUAAUGGGAGCCACAGACUCUCGACCAAACAUGAGGAUUGUACUUCUUGGGAAAACAGGAGAUGGGAAAAGCAGCGCUGGGAAUACCAUUCUUAAACAGAAACUAUUCAUGAGUAAAGCUUCACCUGAAUCUGUGACAUAUGAAUGUAUAAGCGGAGACCGUAAGGUUUAUGGGAAAAAUAUCACAGUUAUUGACACACCUGGAAUUAUGGACACAAGUGCUGAUGAGGAGACUAUCAAAAAGGAAAUUAUUAGAUCUGUAAUUGAAUGUGCUCCAGGUCCUGAUGUCUUUACCAUUGUUUUAAAGGUUGGAAGGUACACAGGACAUGAAAUGGAGAUUGUGGAUAAAAUUUUAGAAUAUUGUGGAGAGAAUACAUUUAAACAUUCAGUGGUUUUAUUCACUCACGGUGAACAACUUGAGGGUCAAACUAUAGAGGAAUUUGUGAAGCGGAGUUCAAAAUUACAGGAGCUUGUUGAUAAAUGUGGAGGUCGCUGUCACGUCAUUGACAGUAAAUACUGGAACAAACGCCACAUGGGAUACAAGAGCAACAAGGUCCAGGUGAAAAAUCUUCUGUUAACCGUAGAGCAGAAGUUAAAAGACAAUGAGAACAGCUGCUACACCAAUGAGCUAUUACAAAUAGUAGAGGAAGAAAUUCAAGAGGAGAUAAAGAACAUCAAAGAGGAAAACUUGUCUCCAGAAGAAAAACGAGAAGUAGCAAAGAAGAUUGUUAACAAAAAACUUCUCAUUAAACUUGCAGGAGUUACAACGGGGACACUGACUGGUGCAUUCCUUGGCAUUGGUGUUGCAAUAGCAUCCGUUGUGGCUUUACUUAAAGCAGCCAGCAUUACAGGAGCAGCAGCAGCAGCUGCUGGAGCCACAGGUGUAGCAGCAGGAACAGCAGUGGCAGAGGCAGGUCUCAUCACAGGAGCUGGUAUUGGAGCAGCAGCUGUCACAGGAGCCGGUAUUGGAGCAGCAGGUGCCACAGGAGCCGGUAUUGGAGCAGCAGGUGUCACAGGAGCCGGAAUUGGAGCAGCAGGUGUCACAGGAGCCGGUAUUGGAGCAGCAGGUGUCACAGGAGCUGGUAUUGGAGCAGCAGGUUCAGGAAUUGCUGCAGGUAUUGCAGGGGUUGGAGCAGCAAGUUCAGGAGUUGCUGCAUGUGUCAUUUUGGGAGCUGCAGCUUUUGCGGGAGCAAUUGGAGGAGGAGUCACUGGAUAUAAAGCAGCCGAAGACGUUGAUUCCGUUUCAGAUGCAAUAAAGAAUGCAGCAAAACUUAACUAUGAAAAUGCAAAAGGCGUUGUCAAAAAGGCAGAAAAACACAAAUUCAAACUUUUUAAAAAUGAGUAAAACAAAUUGUAUUAUAUGUUCAUAUAUAAUAAAAUAAAAUCACUGUAUGUUCAUUGUAUGGUCACGCUAUAAUUUAUAAUUAAGUAUAUUUUGGUUGCCAAAAUUAAAUGUCUUUCACUUGUUCUGUUUGUGUAGUUCAAGAUUAAUUAUUUUUACAAGAAUAAAUAAACAUACACUUCUAUACAAA